AUGCGCUUCAAAUGGGCUUGGACUGCAUCGCUCGGAAUCUUUAUUCAAUUUUUCGCUGGAGACUUAUACAAGUUUUCGUCGAUGAGUCGUGGAGAACUGGCGGAUACAUUCAGUAUCAACAAUCUGGUUACUCGUCCGGAAAAGGUGAACAUGGAGCUUCUCACGAUGCUCGCAUGGAUUCUUAUAUUUUUCUUAUCUUCACUUUUCUCAUUUCUCGCUCUUAAAUUCAAGACGAUACGUGUUAUUUCGACCGUAAUAUCAAUAAUCCCUUUCAUAUUUAUUCUUGCAUACUUUCUAUUCAAAAUCCCAACUCUUCCGUUAGACGAAGACCACAAAAAACUAUUCUUCACUAAUUUUAAAGUCGGUGGACAUCGUGGCUCGGUGAGCCCAAGCGCGCCCGAGAAUAGUCUAGAAGCGAUGACGGCGGUUGUGAAGCACGGCGGACAACUCGCCGAAAUCGAUAUACAUCUGACAUCAGACGGAGUGGCGGUGAUUUCACACGACGGGAAUGUUGUUCGUGCCACUGGAGUCGACAAAGAUAUAUCGAAAAUGACAUUGGAGGAAUUCAAAACUCUUCGUUACAUCAACACAAACAUAUCGCUACCAACAUUUGCUGAAGCGGUUCAACACUGCGUCUCAAAUAAUAUUAUGAUGAUUUGGGAUGUGAAGAGCGUUAAUUCCGAGUUGCUAACAGCAUUUGUUACCCAAAUUCGAACUCAUAAUCUUUACGACAAAGUGCUGAUUACGGGAUUCAAUCCAAUUGAUAUGUUCAUGGUCAAGAAAGCCGAUUCAAAGAUUCUCACUGGUUUCACAUUUCGAACCUGGGAACUGAGUACGACAGACGAAGCAGCAACUCAGCUGAGAUUUGCCGGCGUAUUAAACGCGAUUGCACAAUUGUUGGAUGUGAUCGCUUUCGCUCUUGCAAGAAGUUUAAUAAUUCCAAAAUUUCUUGGAUCCGACAUGAUAUUUUAUCACGUUAACGACGCAAGCGCUUAUCUUGCCGCCGAGGCUCUACAAAAUGAUAUGCAUUUGGGUGUCUGGACAUCAAACAACAAAAUUGAACAACGCUGGCUCAGGGAUCAUCUGAAAGUGCCGUUUUUAACUGAUGAUGUCGCAAUGGUUCCAAAAUAA